AUGCUCAGAUUUGAAUCCGCUGUUCAGGUCAGCAAUUGGACAUCCUCUACUGAUGUUAUUCAGUGGCUGGUGGUCUCCGUUGAAGCGGGUGUCCCGGCCGUCCCCCGUGUGUUUCCUACUUCUAGAUUCGAGGUCAUCGACUCAGCAGAGGCAGUUGAAGAGGAGACUUUACCUACCUACAGAGCUGAGAAAUAUUACCCUGCUCGGCUUGGAGAAGUCCUGGAUGGCCGGUAUCAGAUCCUGGCCAAAUUGGGGUACGGUGUCACGUCUACAGUUUGGCUCGGUCGUGAUCUAAGUGAUUCCAAGUACGUCGCCUUAAAACUUUAUGUAUGCGGUACCGAGAGAAACCACGAACUUGAUGUAUAUGACCGCAUAAAUACAGUCGAGUCAGACCACAUGGGACGAUCUUUCAUACGUAAACUCUGGGAUCAUCUCUUCCUUAAUGGUCCGCAUGGCCGUCAUGUCUGUCUCGUUCAUCAACCACUCGGGCUUAGUGUUGAUCAAUUCCUGUAUUUCUUACCGGGGAAAGUGAUGAGCCUUGAGGAUCUCAGGCCUUGUUUACGGCAAGUACUAGGUAUACUGGACUUUCUUCACACUGAUGCACACGUCAUACAUACUGGUAGGUUCCUCUCGGGCCUUGAAGAGUCGGAGCUCGAGGCACCAUCACCCAGAAAGGUACUUGACCAGGGCCGCACAAUCCACACCAGUCAACUUGUUGUCCCAAGCAAUGGAUUACCAUUACUCAGUGACUCUGGCGAGGCUCGAUUCAGUGAGGAAGAGCAUAAUGAAGAUAUCAUGCCAAAUGUAUACAGGGCGCCUGAAGUGGUGCUGAAACUGAACUGGGACAGUAAGGCUUGGGACCUUGUUUGUAAUCGGACUCUAUUCAGCGGCACAGACAGUAACGGUGUUUUUGAUGACCGAGUCCAUCUUGCGGAGAUGAUCGCAAUCCUGGGUCUCCCUCCAAUUGAGUUCACCAAGCGAAGCAAAGUCGGGUCAGUAUUUUGGCAUGACAACGGCAAAUGGAAAGACCUCGCGCCAGUGCCUCAUAUGACCCUUGAGAAACGGGCAAUCAACAUUCAGGGACAUGACCAGGGCGGAUUUUUGCGAUUCAUGCGAAGGGCAUUGAAAUGGACCCCCGAAGACAGGCCCACCGCUCGAGAACUCUUGUUCGAUGAGUGGCUAAUGAAGGGAUUGGGAUUUCGCGAUCGGAAAUAG